ACAAGUUGCUUUUUCAGGAAAUGGUUGUCCAAAUUUAGUUUGAAGUUCUUUGAAUUUCGUAAUUUCCAUGGCCAUUAGACUAUAAAAAGAAGUAUGAAAUACUAAAACAAUAAUUAAAGUGGCUUAGAAAGUUGCAAAUAGCCGGCUAUGCAAUUUCCCUAACUGUGAAGUGGAGCAGCUUCUCGGAAUCCAAUAAUUACAAUAUAAAUAUAUUUUUUGGUGCUGUAUAAUGAUAUUGCUGCUAUCUCAGUAAAGAAGCUCUCAUUUUCAAGAAGACUGAUUCCAUGAUCAGGUACCUAGGCCCUUCUUAUUCUCACCAUCAUCCCCCUGUCAAAACCUGCUCUGGAGAAAGGAUCUUAAAACCUUUCAAACUGAACUAAUAACAUGCUUAAAAUUAUCUCCUCCAAAUGAAGGCAGUGUAUAACAGAAAAUGCAAGAGGAUCAAGAAACUCAAAUUUCCACUCAGCUAACUGAAACCAAUGAUGUUCUCCACGCAAGACCUAGUAGGUUACAAAAUGACCUGCCCAAUGAUCCUAUUACAAUCUCCUAAACAGAAACUUCUGGAAUGUGAACAAAAAGCAAAGUUUCAUUUCAGCCGUCACCAAUAUAAAGAAGCUAUAAAAGCGCUGGUGCGUUGUGUGGCAUUAUCAAGAAUUUGCUAUGGAGACCAUCACUGGAAACUAGCAGAAGCACAUGUUAAUUUGGCUCAAGGUUAUGUGCAGCUGAAAGGACUGUCAUUGCAAGCAAAACAACAUGCAGAAAAAGCCAGAGAAAUUCUUCUCACCAAUUCACUUUUACCUUCCUCUGAAGAAAACAUAAAUAUUUUCAAGUGUUCCAUUGACCUUUUCCAUACUUUGGGGAGAGCUCUAACUAAACUUCAGAAAUUAAAGGAAGCCUCACAGAGUUUAACAAAAGCUGACAGACUUUCACAAGAACUGUUGAACCAUGGAAAACUUGUCAAGGAAGAAUGGAUAGAAAUUCAAGCCAAGAUCAAAUUGUCAUUUGCACAGUAAGUUAUUAGUUCUGGUUAUGAGAGCUAUGAUGUUGAA